UUGUUAUCAGCUGUUUAAUGAACUUUGAUAGUUCAUAGUAGGCAUGUCGAAACAAUUAAAAGAUAUGAAAACUGCUGCGCGUUCACAAAAAGAAGGUUGUUUUAUUAGUUUUGUCUUUUUGUAAGAUCAAUUUUCAAAUGACUUGACUGAAAAUGUUGAGAAUAUUAUCAUCUAUUGGUUGUUUUCUACGACUGGGGCCUAGACAAUAUAUACGACAAAAAUUCAAGAUACCACUGGUCAAAUUCAUUCAUGAUACGAUAGAUUUAUAUAAGUCUCGAACAAAGGCUGGAGUCAAUAACGUAAGAGAAAUUCUAUUUAGGGGUACAGUUGUCGCUUUAAUUACCGCUCUUCUCGUCUGGUUAUCAAUAUUAAUGUAUGUGGCAUUUUAUUAUGUUUAUGUACCUACCAUAUCCCAUGAGAGGCCUGUUUUCUUGAAGUUCAAGCCUUGUGGUGCAACUGAUAACUGUAUUGCUGAAAAAGGGAUUUGUAGUUUUCCUUCAGCUCAUGUGCAGUUGACUGAAAGACAGCAAUUACUUAUGAUAGGUCAGCCUUAUAAAAUACACCUGGAUUUAGAAAUGCCUGAAUCUCCUAAAAACAGAGAGUUAGGCAUGUUUAUGGUUUGUGUGGAAUUUAUAGGAAGGGAUGGAACACUUGUAGAACAUUCCUGUCGCUCUACAAUGCUACAUUAUCGCGGAAUUCUACUAGAUACUUUAUAUAAGCUGGUUUUCAGUCCAUUUUUUCUGUUUGGAUCAGCAGAAGAGAAGCAAACUGUCCAAGUAGAACUAUUUUCUAAUUUUGAAGACAAUGACUAUGAACCAGUAACAGAUAUUUUUGUGGAAGUUCAAUCUCGAUUUAUUGAGAUCUAUUCUGCUAAAUUUUCUGUUAAUGCCCAGUUCGCAGGCCUGAGGUAUAUAAUGUUCCAUUGGCCAGUAUUAUCAGCUGCACUGGGUAUUACUGCCAAUCUAUUUUUCAUUGCAUUAGUUUGCUUGAUAAGUUGGUACCAAAUUCUUCACUCUGAAGAAUAUUUGGAAUUCAUGGAAUCCAGCAGGAUCAAACAGAGGGAAAGUGAAAAUUGGAUUGAAGGCGACAACAUGAUGUCACUACUGAAUAUCGGGACACUAACUUUUAUGCCAGUCCUCAUCGGCUAUGAUGUAUGCACAUAUUCCUUCGCCAAAGUUUUCAACAUAAUAUCGAUUCCAACAAGAAUAGUACGAUACAUAAUUCGUUUGGGUCAUGAGCACUAUAUAGAUGCUUUGGAGGUAACAAGAAUCAAUAAUGUCUCGACAGUGAACCAGGAAGAGACCAAGUGUGGUAACUGCAAUAGGAUCAUUUGCGCAAAACACAGAAAAAGUGGUUGUGAAAAAUGUUUAGCCAAUAGCGAGUUAGUUUUUCUAACUUGAUAUUGUACUAGCAGAUGUUAUUUUUUCUCCUAUUUCAAGUUGCUUCUUGCUUAAAUUUUUCAAUGGAGAUUUUGGUGGUAUUUUAUUUGAGGAAUAUAAAGUAAGUUGAAAAUACAUAUAUUGGAUAGGUGAAUCUUACUUUUUUUAUAUAUGUAUAUGUCAGUUGUUGAAUAUAGUAUAAAAAGAUUAUGAAAA